AGUAACCAGAGAGACGCUUUAGCGAGGGCCCUUUUGUAACUUGUGACCGGACGAGACAUCGAUCAAACUGUGUUGCUGUCCAACCGAAGCUGCUGAAAUAUACAGAUUUCAUCCAAACUACCGAAGGACUGAGGUUUACAAGAUGACUGCGACGGAAGGUCCGUUGUUUACCGACUCGGGCGGCGAAGAGACAAACACAAAUGAGCAAGCAACAGCGCUACGGAGGGUCUACCAACUAGCAUCACCAAAAACGUCCAAAUCUGUGUGGCUAACAAACUAUGAACCAAAGUUGGUGUGGGGGAACCAGGACCACCUGUGGCCGAUGUCGCCAACUGCACUGAGGGCGUCCGCGACCCCACGCCUGGAACGUCUGGCGCUCUCUAAGAGAAACUUCCAAACUGGCAGGAAAAUCUGCAGGCCUGAGUUUUCCUACAGCUGUGGCCGUACCUCUGUUAUCUGGGAAGUCAGCCCUUUAGCGAUGACUGCAGACUCCACUGAACGUGUCAAAGUGCUCGCCCUUCCAAAAAAGCCCCCACCAGAAUAUCUGGGAGACAGGCCUGAAAAUGAGUUCUCCUGUUCGAUAUGGACCGUAGCGGACGGAGCGAAGAGAUGUCCCAGUAGAGAAAGAUCUGAUUACUUGGCACGCCCUAAAACUCCGCAUCGAGACUACACAGGAAACAAAGAGGUGGAGACAUUAGUGCCCAGAUCAGCACAACGAGGGAUGGCUACCUCGCGAGUGGAGGACCUUGCUCGCCCCAAAAGUCGCCCAGCCGGCCCCUUUUUCGAUCCAGGCCACCCAGAGCAGUCUAUUUGGAAGGUGAAUGGAAAGGCACGCAGUGCAUCAGCAACUCAACGACUCUUGGAACUGUCGAAGCCCAAGGGUUUGGCUGACGGAUGGGUCAACAACCGGGAGGUCAUGUGGCCGGUGUCUCGGUCAGCGCGGCGCAACCAGCCCACGGAGCGCCUCGGCCAGCUGUCCGUGCCCAUCAUCAGGGCCACCAUGGACCACGUGCAAUUUGACCCGGACGCUUUUCUGGUGAAGGAGACGGCUAAGAAAGCGCGCUGUUCACAGAGGACAGAGGAGCUAGCACAGCCUUUAACACGGUAGACUUGUUCAGUCAAGCAGGUAUUUCACUGGACUGUGCCAAGUUGUGCUUGGAAAUGGUGCCAACUUUGUAAAUUUGCGCCAAGUUUGUAAAUUUGCACCAAGUUUGAAAAAUUGCACCAAUUAGUUUGAAAAUUUGUACCAAAGUUGAAAAUUUGCACCAAGUUUGAAAAUUUGCACCAAGUUUGAAAAUUUGCACCAAAUUUGAAAAUUUGCGCCAAUUUUGUGCCAACUUUCCCUUGCAGUCACACUGACGGCAACUCACAGGUAAAAUACUUGGCGAAAUUAUAAAAACGAACAACAUGUCUGCACCAGGAAUGAUGCAUUUUCAGUUCCGAUCAGAUACAUACACUAAAUUAAAACUAUGCACAAUUAUUGAAAAUUCAUUAAAAAAAGUGGAUUGCACAAAUUGGUGCUGUUUCACACCAAUUUGCCACUUUCUAGCAACAAAUUGUGCUGAUUUGCGCCACUUUGCCUGGCGCAAUUUGGUGCAGUCCAGUGAGAUACCCACUUCAGCAUCUUUACGAUAUGCAUAUUGAAAGAUAAGCAUGCUAUUAUUAUGCUUAAUGAUAUCUUCCACUUGCCCCAAUGCUGCUAUAUUUCUGUGUAUGAACUUGAUCCUAAUGUUACCCGUUAUACCCGAAUAUUGAACUGGUGACUUUGAUUGCAGAAAUGGCUGCUUUGAUACCAAACUCGAAUUGUGUGAGUUUGAAAAUUUUUUAUGACAUAGUUUAUUGCAACAAUCAUGUUAAAUUCCUGAAUAUCAAUUCUGGCAAAAUUUCAUGGAAUAUAAAGUAAAAGGACAUUAGGAUGAUUGUUUACAAGCAAAUAGGGCUGCCUGUUAACAGUUUUGUUAGCGCAAUACCGUGUCAAGGCAAUAAAAUCAGUUGUCACUGAGAUUAUUCUGAACGUUUUGCACCCAACAUACACGUCUGAUGUGUGUCUUUUAACUCACAGUGAGAAAUGAAAGAUGGAAUUGUAAGAUACAAGUACAUCUUCCUCCUGCACAAAGUUAAGAGAUAGAUCCUGUACAUAGUAUUGUAUGAUCAUGAUGACAUAGUAUAUCUCAAUUAGUAGUUCAACCAAUGAGAAAAUGGCAAUCUAAAGCCAUUCAACCAAUGGGAGAGUGGCUGCAUGUCCAUCAAAUGUUUGCAUUUUUAUGGCUUUAUUUUGCAUGUUUAUGUUUUGGCAGAGGUGGAGGCUAUUAGAUUUGUCUAUUGUCAGUUGCUUGUUUGUUUAUUUGUUUGUUGGAUGGACAGCAGCAUUCAGAAAAAUUUAGAGUGAAAAAUGUUGGUGAUGGUUGAUGGAAAAAAAUUUGAAAAAAAAAUUGUACCAAUUCCUAUGCUAUUCAACCCUGUACUGCUACUGACUUCAAUGUAUGUCAACACGAGAGAUAUGUAACAUGAUACCAAGGACACUAAACUUUGAUGUUUGUUGCAGCAGAAUAUUCAUCUUGAAAUUUUUUAACUUAAUGAUACACUGCCUGGCUGCUGAAGAAAAUGUUUUGUAUGACUGAUAUGUAGAUAAAAGUUUUUGACAUGUGAAAUAAAGCAUGAAUGUUGGACUUCCGA